AUGAUCGACGAACCGGAAGAGAUUCUGGUGGUGAACGUGCAGAAUGGAAAGCCGUUGAUCAUUAGGCUGCAAGGAGUUAAGGAUCCACCGAUUUUGUUAGAGAUGGAUCAACACGAAGAUCAUUCCAAUGAUUCGAAAAGCAUCCAUAAAACGUCAAUCGUUUCUCAUCCGGAACCAGGCAUCUAUUCAAGAGAGUCGACAAUUGACAGUCAAGGUACCAUCGACAGUUGGAAUGUGACGUGCGCGAGGAUCAGAAACAUUAUGUUCGAUUGCAAGAAAAGUUUCGUGGGUGAGGAGGUUCAGGUGGCGAUGAAGUUCAAGAAUAUCGGCGGGGAAGGACGAUUUUUCAUCAUGGGCGAAAUCGAUUGGUGCUCGAUGUACAUCGAAGUAAACGUCUUCCUGGUUUAUCCCCUAGUAUCAACCAUUAUUCCUUUAUUUUUAUUUCUCUUUUCAUCUAUAAAAGAAACUAUUAACCCUAUUCACUCGGAAGGUGACUCUCAAUUGCCACUUGAUUUGACGUAGUAAAAUUAUAAAAUCUGAUAUUUAAUGUUGAACUUUGUAUAAUGCCUCGAUACGUGAAGUAUUGAAAUAAAAUAGUUUUGUUCCUCAUUGUACUUGUGAUUUCUGUUCGAGUUAGUCUCAAAGAAUAUCAUCUUUGUCUCGUGAAGAGGUGUUAAACAUUUCUAGUGAGAAACUUCCGAGUGCAAAGGGUUAAUACUACUAAUAUUAAUGACAACAAGAGAUCACUAUAUAAUUAUGUAAUUUUCUAUUUAAAAUUUCGACGUAUAACUUGACUCUCUAUGGUAAAGAUACUAAGGAUUCUACUUUAAAAAAUCUUCAUCUAUAAAGGGUUGAUAACUGAGUCGCUCAGAUGCGGUUAAGUCCAUUCCUUGAUAUUUCUUGAUUUUUGUAAAUUCUAAUGGAAUAAAUAAUAUUCUUUUCAGAUAUUAAAGGAUUCACUCAUUUCUUCGUUCCUUCCAGAAAGUCUUUUUUAUAGCUUCUGAAUACGUCAAGUAAUAAUUUUAGAAAGCAAAGCAUUAAUUUUCUCAAUUCUUGUUUUCCGGGCUUAACCGCGUCCGCUUCUGAACUUGACUCAACUAUUUGUCAAUGUAAAUUAGCAUCUGACAAAUUGACAGACAUCGGCCAAUACGGAUUCCCAGUAUAGUAACUAACAUUCCUUUUUGAGGACAUCACGAACGAAAACACGCUGAUGCUGUCUCCGUUCGCGAUUUGGCCCGCGUACUUCGAGCUGAAGUCGCAGGAGGAAAUAACGCUGUCCGCGUACUUCCUGCCGGACAGUUACGGGAUUCAUGUAAAUGAUAAACGAUUUGUCGAAGCGAUUGACCCGGUUUUUAUCGUGCCUAUUCUUAUCAGGUCGACCAGCUGUAUAUACUCAGUGACAAUUGUACCAUGCUGGCAACGGAAAUAAUCGGGGAUGGUCUGCUGUACGAGCCGAAUUUCAUUCAGCUUAGUAAAGUAUCUACGUCAU